CCCAACCCUAUCCUCGUUCCCCCUCGUUUCACCGUCUCAACGCAAUGUCUGCCCCCUCGUCUCCCGAACCCAAGCCCGCCUCACAGACCGAGGAGAAGGUUGCUCCGUCCUCGAAGAAGAGCUCUCCUGCGAAGAGCCCUGCCGCUAAGAAGUCGGCCGCGACCAAGAAGGCUACUACUAAGAAGUCGUCUGUAUCCAAGAAGCCCGCCCCGCAGGCCAAGGCUUCGGGGCACCCAUCCUGGAAGGAUCUCAUCAAGGAAUGCAUCGUCGAUCACCCCGACGACAAGCGCGCCGGUGUCUCGCGACCCCAGAUCAAGAAGUGGGCUGAGGACAAGUACAACAUCGACAUGAGCGGUGCCAACGUCUCGCACAUGAACCGCGCCAUCGCAUCCGGCGCCGAGGUGGGCAUCUUCCUUCUCCCUAAGGGCGUUUCCGGCAAGGUCAAGCUCGCGCCUAAGAACGUCGCAUCCAAGGAGAACGAGCCCGCGACCAAGAAACCCGCUACUGCUACCACCUCGAAGAAGCCUGUCGCCAAGUCUGCUCCCACGAAGAGGUCCGCGGCUACCAAGACUUCGUCCACUAAGAAGUCCACUGCUACGAAGAAGGCCGCGACGAGCAAAGCGCCCGCUCGAGCAGCCCUCGCCACCAAGUCGUCUACCGUACCUGCGAAGAAGGCUGCCGCCCCGAAGAAGACUGCCACUGGGACCAAGAAGGCGCCGGCGAAGAAGACGUCCAGUGCGAAGAGCAUCGAGAAGAAGGCUGCUGCCAAGACCGCCGCGACGAAAGCGUCGAAGGCUAAAGCCAAGCCCGCAUCCUCCAAGAAGGCGGCACCGACUUUCUAUCCGAUGUUCUUCGAUAUGAUAGAUUGCGAGAUCGAAGCUGCCGCCGACAACAUGGCGAAAUACUUGGAGGUCAAACACCGCUUAAUGCCCUACAUAUACAGCCUCUACAUGCUCGGUUCGUCGCUCCUAGUGGCGCCCGUCUUUGUCCCGGAGGGCGAAGAAUCCGAGUAUUACCUCCCCGCUGGCCGAUGGACGUCCUUCUUCCAUCCCGAACGCGUCGUCACCGGCCCGACGUGGGUCAAGGAGGUGGUGCCGCUGGACGACAUCCCCGUCUGGGUUCGCCCCAACACGAUCCUCUGCCUGGGCCCGGAGCACACUGGUCGGCCGGACUACAAGCUGUCGGAGGGGCUGGAGGCCCGGUUGUAUGAGCUCGAAGAAGGGGCCAAGGUCGAGGCCGUGAUCCCGACGGGCGAGACGGGCAAGGUUGCGGGCACAGUGCGUGCGGAGAGGAAAGGGGCGGAGAUCAGGGUGAGCGUGGUCGACGGCGAGGUGGGGCUUGCGAGCAUUUCACUGUUCGAUGAACGCUUGCAGAUCACGGGUGUCACUGCUGGCGGGAAGGUUCAAGGUAAGGCGGUGGAGGUGGAGAAGGGCGCAAAGGAGGUCAUCUUCACAGUGUAA